AUGGCCACUCCAGGAUCCGCAAUCUCCAAGUACGUCUUCAGAUGCUCAACACAUCUGAGAGCCCAGAAGAAAGUCAAAGUCACCCUACAAAUGCUAAUGGAUCUGAAGACCCCACUGGCGGUGUUAGAAGUGUUCGACAUCAAGGAACUGGUCAAGAGAUAUGCUGAGAAUCCAGAAUACAAGGAAUCCGCGCGGAAGGUGCUCCAGAAGAUCCGGCAGAUGAAGGUGGAGGAGAAGAGACGAGCUACGCGGAAGACGUUAGACGCCGAUGGCGUCAGAAUCCCAAGAAUUCAGAAGAAAACCAUCGCUGUUAAGUAG